AGGGGAGACGGGGGGCGGGGGGCGCGGGAGCGGGAGGGGACCCCGAUUACCAGCUGCGGCCCACCUACUGCAACGCCGCCCUCGCCUUGGAACAGAUUUCCAAGGGCCAGGCCGUCGGCAGGAAGGCUCCCGUGUGGCUCAGAGCGAAGUUUCAGGGUCUCCUGUUCAGACUGGGGUGCUCCAUUCAGAGAAACUGUGGCAAAUUCCUGGUCAUCGGGCUGAUGAUAUUCGGGGCGUUCGCCGUGGGCCUCAAGGCCGCCAAUCUCGAGACCAACGUGGAAGAGCUCUGGGUGGAAGUGGGGGGCCGCGUGAGCCGGGAGCUGAGCUACACGCGGCAGAAGAUCGGCGAGGAGGCCAUGUUCAACCCGCAGCUGCUGAUCCAGACCCCGCGGGAGCCGGGCGCCAGCGUCCUGACCACCGAGGCCCUGGCCCAGCACCUCCACUCCGCCCUGCAGGCCAGCAGGGUCCACGUCUACAUGUACAACAGGCAGUGGAAAUUGGAACAUCUGUGCUACAAAUCCGGAGAGCUCAUCACCGAGACCGGCUACAUGGACCAGCUGAUAGAGAACCUCUACCCCUGCCUGAUCAUCUCCCCCCUGGACUGCUUCUGGGAAGGAGCAAAGCUACAGUCCGGAACCGCUUACCUCAUCGGCGAACCCCCUCUGCGCUGGACCAACUUCGACCCGCUGGACUUCCUGGAGGAGCUGAAGAAGAUCAACUCCCUGGUGUCCAGCUGGGAGGAGAUGGUCACCAAGGCCGAGGUCGGGCACGGCUACAUGGACCGGCCCUGCCUCAACCCCGCCGACCCCGACUGCCCCGCCACCGCCCCCAACAAGAACUCCACCAAGCCCCUGGACCUGGGCCUGAUCCUGAGCGGAGGCUGCUACGGCCUGUCGCGGAAGUACAUGCGCUGGCAGGAGGAGCUCAUCGUGGGCGGCACCGUCAAGAAUCGCACCGGGAAACUCAUCAGCGCCCAGGCCCUGCAGACCAUGUUCCAGCUGAUGACGCCCAAGCAGAUGUACGAGCACUUCAAAGGCUAUGAUGUCGUCUCCCACAUCAACUGGAGCCCGGAGAAGGCCGCCGCCAUCUUGGAGGCCUGGCAGAGGAGCUACGUCCAGGUCGUCCAUCAAAGCGUCUCCGAGAACUCGACCCAGAAGAUCAUGUCCUUCACCACCACCACCCUGGACGACCUCCUCAAGUCCUUCUCGGACGUCAGCGCCGUCCGCGUGGCCGGCGGCUACCUGCUCAUGCUGGCGUACGCCUGCGUCAGCAUGCUCCGCUGGGACCGCUUCUCUUCCCAGGGGGCCGUGGGGCUGGCGGGCGUCCUCCUGGUAGCCCUCUCGGUGGCGGCCGGUCUGGGCCUCUGCUCCCUGCUGGGCAUCUCCUUCAACGCCGCCACCACGCAGGUGUUGCCCUUCCUGGCCCUGGGCGUCGGGGUGGACGACGUGUUCCUCCUGGCCCACGCGUUCAGCGAGACGGGGCAGAACAAGCGGAUCGCUUUCGAGGAGCGGACGGGGGAGUGUCUGAAGCGGACGGGGGCCAGCGUGGCCCUGACCUCCAUCAGCAACGUCACCGCCUUCUUCAUGGCCGCCCUCAUCCCCAUCCCGGCCCUGCGCGCCUUCUCCCUCCAGGCGGCCGUGGUGGUGGUGUUCAACUUCGCCAUGGUCCUCCUCAUCUUCCCCGCCAUCCUCAGCAUGGACCUCUAUCGCCGCGAGGACGGGCGGCUCGACAUCUUCUGCUGCUUUCCCAGCGCCUGCGGGGGCCGGGCGGGGCGGCCGGGCGGCCCGGGACCCCCGGCCGUCGUCGCCGCCGCCUUCGCGGGCGAGACCCGCAUCACCAUGCGCUCCACGGUGCGGCUCUGCGCCCAGUACGACCCUCGGACCCAGGCCUUCUACACCACGGCCCAGCCCCGGGCCCUGGUCCGCGUGCGACCCCUCCCCGGCCCGGACCCCCGGCCGGACCCGCGGCCGGACCCCCGGCCCGCCCCCUGGACCCUGGCCGACUUCGCGCGGACGUGCUACGUCCCCUGGCUCCUCCGCCCCCGGGCCAAGACGGGCGUCCUGUUCCUGUGCGCGGGCCUGCUGGGGGUCAGCCUCUACGGGACGACGCGGGUGCGGGACGGGCUGGACCUGACGGACAUCGUGCCCCGGGGCACGGGCGAGCACGACUUCGUCGCGGCCCAGUUCCGUUACUUCUCCUUCUACAACGCCUACGUGGUGACGCGGGCGGCCGACUACCCGCGGGUCCAGCCGCUGCUCUACCGCCUGCACGACACCUUCCGCCGCGUCAAGUACGUCAUGCUGCAGCCCGACCGGACCCUCCCCAAGAUGUGGCUCCACUACUUCCGCGACUGGCUGCAAGGCCUCCAGGACGCCUUCGACAGAGACUGGGCCUCCGGGAACAUCUCCCCCGGCGACUACCGCAACGGCUCCGACAGCGCCGUGCUGGCCUACAAGCUCCUCGUCCAGACGGGCAGCAGGGAGAAGCCGGUGGACAUCGCCCAGCUGACCAAGCAGCGGCUGGUGGACGGGGACGGCAUCAUCAACCCCAACGCCUUCUACACCUACCUGACGGCCUGGGUGAGCAACGACCCCGUGGCCUACGCCUCCUCGCAGGCCAACAUCCGCCCCCACCGGCCCGAGUGGAUCCACGACAAGGCCGACUACAUGCCCGAGACGCAGCUGCACAUCCCCCCGGCGGAGCCGGUGGAGUUCGUGCAGUUCCCCUUCUACCUGAACGGGCUGCGGGAGACGUCGGACUUCGUGGACGCCAUCGGGCAGGUGCGGGCCAUCUGCGAGGACUUCACGCGGCUCGGGGUGCCCAGCUACCCCAACGGCUACCCCUUCCUCUUCUGGGAGCAGUACGUGGGGCUCCGCCUCUGGCUGCUGCUCUCCGUCAGCGUCGUCCUCGCCUGCACCUUCCUCGUCUGCGCCCUCUUCCUCCUCAACCCCUGGACGGCCGCCAUCAUCGUGACGGUGCUGGCGCUGAUGACGGUGGAGCUGUUCGGGAUGAUGGGGCUGAUCGGGAUCAAGCUCAGCGCCGUGCCGGUGGUCAUCCUCAUCGCCUCCGUCGGCAUCGGCGUCGAGUUCACCGUCCACGUGGCCCUGGCUUUCCUCACGGCCGUCGGGGACCGAAACCACCGGGCCGUCGUCGCCCUGGAGCACGUGUUCGCCCCCGUGCUGGACGGGGCCGUGUCCACCCUGCUCGGGGUGCUCAUGCUCGCCGGCUCCGAGUUCGAUUUCAUCGUCAGGUAUUUCUUCGCCGUGCUGGCCAUCUUGACCGUGCUGGGAGUCCUCAACGGGCUCGUUCUGCUCCCCGUCCUCCUGUCUCUCUUCGGCCCCUACCCCGAGGUGUCCCCCGCGGAGGGCUGUGACCGGUUGCCCCCGCCGUCGCCCGACCCCCCGGACUCGGACUCGUCGGACUGGGAGUCGGAGUCUCAGACCACCCUGUCGGGCCUCAGCGAGGAGCUGCGGCGCUACCGGACCCCGGCCCCCGAACCCGGACCCCGGGACCCCCGGCCCACGGUGUCCGGCCCGCCCAGCCCCGGCCUCCCGGCGCGCCCAUCCCGAGCCGACCCCCGGCCUCCCCCGAGCCGGCCGCGCAGGGACGCCUUCGCCGCGCCGUCGGGGGCGUCCCCUCCGCGGCCCCGGGCCCGGCCGCCCUUCGGCCCGCCCGUCGCCACGGUGACCGCCUCGGCCUCCGUCACCGUGGCCUACGAGGGCCACGUCUGGGACCCGCACGUGCCCGUCCACGUGGACCGCAGGGACCGGAGGGCCGGCGGCGGAGGAGGCCGCGGCCGCGGAGGGGACGCCGAGUGACCCGGGGCCGGCCCUCCCCGCGGGCCCGCGUCUGCCGCCCCCGGUCCCGUCCCGUCCCCCCCCCUCGCCACGGCGGGCCGCGCGGAGCCGCCGGGGGGCCGGGGGACGGCACCCCGCCCGGCGACGCUCCCAUCUCCCCGUGGCGGGCGACGCCGGACGGCCGGAAGUCCCGAAGACGGCGCCCCUCGGCCGUGCCCCCGUCUCCCCGCUGCGGGCGACUCCGGGCCGCCGGGAGGCCGGAAGACGGCAGCCCUCGGCGACGCCCCCGUGCCUCCGCGGAGGCCGACUCGGAACCACCGGGGAGGGCAGACCUUCCCCUCGCCCCGGCCUCGCGGAGGAGGAAACCGAGGCCCCGAGCGGGCGAGCCACUCUCCCGCGCUCUCUCCGCUAGGCCGCCCUGCCCGACCCCCGUUCUGCGGAUGGGGAAAACCGAGGCCCGAGAGGGGAAGCGACCGAGAGGCGGGGGGUUCGGGGGGCCGGGGUUAGGACUCAGGUGCCCCCGGUUCCCGGCCCCUUUCCGCCGAGGCCACCCGAGGGAAAGGCGAAGACACGGAGGCGGGAGACGAUCGAGGGCGCGACGGACGGACACCGGGCCCCGGCUGCAAUUCGGGCAACCUCCCCGCCCCACCGGGUUCGGAGGGCGGGGAAACCGAGGCCAAAGAGGAGGCCAAAGAGGAGGUCGCCCUCUCCCCCCUCCUCCCACGCCCCUCCAGGGCGGGACUGUAAUCCACGCCCCUUCACCGUCGGGGUAACGUCGAGGCGUCUGCGGGAAAUAUUUUUAUAAACAGUUCGAAGGCGGACACGCACGUGACAUACACGGGACCGGCGGGAGGGAGUUUGGAUCAUCGGAGCCGGGGGGACGAUGAGUACUGUCUGGACUCCUCGCGCCGGGGGCUCCGUUUCGGAGACUCGAAUCCGCAGCCCCCCGCGGCGGCCGCUCGAGAACCACAUCCUCUGCCGACAGACUCUUCCCGCGGAUGACGUUCCCCGCGAACAUUCCUCCCGGAAAACCGGCCAUCCCCCCGCAGCGUUUUAAAGCCCGCCGGCGGUAAAGGGAGAGAGGUCGCCGGCUAAGCGUUCAGCACGGCGUCCGGCGCGUAGUAGGCGCCUGGCGACCUCCACGACCCUGCACCGCGAAGACGCCGCGUGACGAAUUUCCCCUUUCCGUUGUGGAGGGGGUUCGGUCGGGGCCGGGGGAUCGUGGCGUGGUUUUUCUCGGGGGUUUGUGUCCUUUUUCUCCCCUCCCUCCGGGAGCGGAUACGAAGAGGGGUCUCUUCCACUCCGGGGGCUUCCGGGCCGGGCGUCCCAUACGGUCCUCUGGGCGCGUGUGCGUGUGUCUGUGUGUUUUUCCAGGGUGCGUGAGUGCUGUGGGCAGGGAACGCGCCUCUCCCGAGUGCUUCGCCCGGCGCCCCGCCCCCAGUCGGCGCUCAAUAAAUACGGCCGAAUGGACACGUGUGUUUCCCGGAGGACUGUGCGCGUGUGUUUGGAGGGCGGGUGUGUUUCCCGAGGGUUGCGUCCGCGUGCCCGUGCGCGCCCGUCUUCGUGCGCGUCUUCAGCGGGCGCGUCUCCGGCGGGCUGCGUGUGUGUGUCCGUCCGCGUUUUCGGAGAAACGUCUUCUAAGCUCGUCGGGCGGGAUGUAUCGAGCGCCUCCUCUCCGCAGACCACUGGGACGUAGAGCCGGGCGACCAUCCCUGCCCCACGACGGGCUCGCCGUCCGAAAGGACGUGCGCGGGCCUUCCCGGAGGACCGGGGGCGGGGGUUGUCCGAGGGCUGCGCUCACGGGGCCGACGAGGACGGCGUUUGCGGGGCGCUCAGUAGGUGCCGAGCACUGUUCUAAGCGCCGGGGGGGGGAGAGAGAAGAUCACGUCUCCGUGCGCGUGUCGACCGCUGGCGGGAAAUAGCUCCGUAAAUCCUGAAAAGGCGCACCCGGACGGGGACCGGUGGGAGGAAGUCGGGGUGAGAAGAACGAUGCUGGCGUUUACGAAGCGCUCGCUCUGUGCCAAGCACUGUCCUGAGCGCCGGGGGAGAGGCCGGGUCAGCGGGUCCUCACCGUCUUCACUCCCCCGAGAGAGGCGAAGCCGCUGGCCCCGACCGCGGAUUAGAACCCGCGGCCCGACGCCCCGGCCUCUCGCCGCCGCUUCGGAGCUGGGGGCGGGUGGAUACCGUCUGGACCCCCCAACGCGCACACGGACCGUAAGCCCCUCGCGGGCAGGGGUCGGGAAGGCCGACUCGCCAAGCGUUUAGUCCGGUGUUCCGCACAGGGGAAGCGCUCAAUAAAUACCACCGAACGAAUGGACGAACGAACGUUUCCCGAGAGCUUUCUACUGUAUAUCUUCCCCCCCCCUUCCCUCCCCGUCCCCUUUUCCAACCCCCUCCUCCGGCCGGCUCCCUCUCCCCCCAUUCCCGGCCUCCGCUCUCCGCUCCCACCCGCCUCCAGCUCCCACCUCCCCGCUGGCGCUCUCCCUUUCCCGCCGCUCGCUUGGUGGAGUUGAAGGCGUCUCCCCUCUAACGCGGUCGGGGGGAACCGGGUCCUUUUUCGGGGGGGCGUCUUAUUCGUUUUUUUCAAAGAAAAAUGUUUCGGUUCCCCUCCGGCGAUAUUUAUAUCUCUGUAUAUCCUAAGGCGUUUCCGCCGGCGUAGAACAAAAACUUGCAGGGAUUCUCCCUCCUGGGGGAAACGCGGCUCCGAUUUUCCUUCGGGAUUCUUAUCUGUAUAGAGGGUUUACUAAUGUUAAAUAGGACAGAUUCUAGAACAUUUACACGCCGGACUCGCGGUAGCGUGGGGCGGGAAGGAGAGCGGGGAGAAAGGAAAAGGUAAAAAAAAAAAAUCGAAUAUCCCCGCUGCCUCGGUGGGCAGGAAGGGGGGGGGGGGACUCUGCGUCAUCUCGGUGACGGAGGUGAAAGUAUGCCGUCUAAUUUAUUUAUAUGAAAAUUUAUUUUUGUAGUGUACAUAGCGGUCACCGAGUCUUCCGAGAGAAGUAUAUUUUUAAAGAGUUUAUAUGCGACGAUACCGUAACGUUGGGGGACCCGAGCGAGACGGGAAGCGUGGAGGACGCCUCGAGCGGGGGGAGCGGGCCCGGGGGGCGUCCACGCAGGUCGCCCGCCGCCCGGCGCUUUCCACGCGCGGCCUUCUGUCGUCCUCCUCGGGGAACCUCGACAAAAAGACACAAAAUAAACCGACUCCCCGACGAUUAACGUUCACUGAUAGAAGUUCUAACACCGAUAACGAUAAUAAAAAUAUUAUAACUUA